CUAUUCCGUGCUCAUAACAGACGCCACAAAAAACAGGCUAUCUUGAAGGAGAUCAGGCCAGAUGCGCCAUCCUUUCUCCGUUUCUUCCUCUGCCAUGGCUCUACCAAACCUCGCCGCCGGGCCCUCCCGUCGUCGGCGCCUGCCCGCCGCCGGGCCGACCAGGCCUUCUCGACCCGACGCAUGCCUGCGCUGGGCGUCGGCCGUCGUCGAAGCACGCCGCUGGGUCGGACGUGUGACGUCCAAGCACGGCACACCGCCGGAUCGAUCCCCCGCGUCGAUGUAAUCCUGGGCCAUCGUCGGUGCACGUCGCCGGAUUGAAACUCGCGCCGUCGGCGAAGCGGCCCGCCGGUGCCGACGUAUGAUUGGGCUGGUCGUCCAAGCCGUACGUGGCAGGAUGGAUCGAUCCUGGCCAUGACUGAAGCACAACGUCGGAUCCAACUCAUACCAGGCGUACCGUCGACGAGGAAGCAGCGAGAUGGUGCGAGGUCGUCAGGGCGGCGGCGGGCGCAAGCGGCAGGAGAGGCGUCUGCCUGAUUUCCCUCCACGUGAAGAUGACAAGUCAGUGAAGAAAUACCUACAUGGUAGGGUCAAGAAAGCUGAGCUCGAUGAUUACAGAUUACCGACCAUAUUUGAGAUUGAGGAGCCACAAGUCGUCCAGAGGAACCGUGGUCUGGUGACCAUCUAUAACAAGAUGGGUCAACUGCGCCGGAGGUUCUAUAAGCUGAUGAUUGAGGGUCGCCAGGGGUCUAAAGAAGGAAAUUUCAUCAAGGAUAAACUAAAAGUCUUUCUGAAGGAAGUAAAGAUCCUCCAGGAUCAGGUCAAGAAACUGCGUGGAGUGGAUGGUUACUUCAAGAUGCCACCUGUCCUUGCGGAGGACCUGGUUUUGUUGAAGUAGACUCUAGGAAACCCGCUUGUGCUACUAACUAAACCACACCAAUUUUGGAGUGUAACUCUUGCUAAGCUGUCCUAUGUGGAGAUGGAGCAUGCCUCAAGCUGCUCUUCGCAACUAAGAUGUCCUUUGGUGUAGAAGCAUUUUUCAAGCUGCCAUGCUUGAAGAGGAGUCGAAUUGGUUGCGGGGUAACCCUCUGCUGCAAGUUAGGGUAAACCUCACCCAUUCUGGCCUGUAAUCGCAACUAAGCUAGAUGAAAAUUGUUUUUGGUAGUGGUGGAUAAUGCAUCAUGCGUCAUAUGUAGACUACUAAAUUUCCACCAGCUUUUUCCACAGCUGCCUGAAAACGUUUGUUAGCAUAUCUGUGAGAAUUUCUGUAAGUGCUACGACUUAUUAUUUCUUCUGUUCUUGGGUUGCGUGGUAAAAAAGCCCCCUUGUGCUGUAGGGAACAUACAUUCUAGUUUGAAAUUAACUACUUUUCCUCUCUUCGGAAGAGAAGUUGUGGGAAGAUUGCAUA